CCCCUUUCCUUCUUUUUGAGUUCCCUCUUUUAUUUGACUCCAUUAAUCUGUGUAGUUCUAUUUUAUGCUCCGAAAAAGGACCCUUUUGUUUUCCCUGCUCAUAAUCGCUUUCUAGAUUAGCUUUUCGAUAUUGGUUCUGCCAGUGAAUUUGGUUUCUGAAGAAGUAAAGAUGCCAGGAAUCCUUACAAAUGGAUUUGAACAUAAUGAAAGAGCAAAUGAAGUGAACGGAAAUGCUUCCCCUUGUAAGGAAACUGCUACUCCAAUCAAGCCCCAAAGGAGUUCCUUUAGUCCACAAAGUCCUCCGAACACAGGUCCAAAUGUACGUGUUCUAGCGGUUGACACCUCAAUCGAGCAGCUUUAUGAAAAUGUCUGUGCUAUGGAAAGUUCCGAUCACUCACCUUCCAGACAAAGUCUCGGAUCUGAUGGUGAUGAGUCUAGGAUCGAUUCAGAAUUGUGCCAUCUAGUUGGAGGAAAAAUGAGGGAAGUGGAAAUAAUGGAAGAGGAAGUGGAAGAGAGGUCGAGUGGUGAAUCUGUCAGUGAAACAUCUUCCAGAAAGGAAAAAUCAGCGAACGGUGAGAAGUUGGUGCAGGCAGAUGAGAAGAGUCAGUGUGAGAAGCUGGUGCGGGCAGAUGAGGAGAUUCAAUGUGAGAAGUCGGUACAGGCAGAUGAGAAGAUUCAAUUUGAGAAGUUGGCACAGGAGGAUGAGAAGAUUCAAUGUGAGAAGUUGGCACAGGUGGAUGAGAAGAUUCAAUCUGCUAGUACAAGUUCUGCUUCUUCAGAAGCUUCAAAGAAAGUGUCAGACUCACAGGUGGACCUUAUCCCUGAAACACCGCCAAAGUCAAAAGCCAAGGGAAAAAGUUCUCCCACAAAGCCUCCUACUGAUAAGAGGAAUGAUAAGGCUGUGAGAAAACAAAAAAACAGAGUUACUCGUGUGAAAAAAUCAAAGAAAUCUCCUAUUAAAAGGUUAAUGUCUCAAAAUCAGAGCGAGAAUUCCACCACCGAAUCUACAUCAGACAAGCCAGGGAUGGGGCCAGUUUUACUAAAGCAAGCAAGAGAUUUGAUUUCAUCAGGAGAUAAUCCGAGGAAGGCUCUUGAAUUAGCUCUCCAAGCAAUGAGUUUGUUUGAGAAAUAUGCUGAUGGAAAACCAACUUUGGAACUGGUUAUGUGCCUGCAUGUUACUGCGGCAAUAUAUUCCAGCUUGGGCCAAUACCAUGAGGCAAUCCCACUUCUUGAGCACUCCAUUGAAAUUCCUCUCAGUGAGGAAGGGCAAGAACACGCCCUUGCUAAGUUUGCUGGUCACAUGCAAUUAGGUGACACCUAUGCAAUGUUGGGCCAGCUUGAAAAUUCAAUGAUGUGCUACACCACAGGGUUGGAAGUCCAGGAAAGUCUUGGAGAAACAGACCCAAGAUUUGGUGAAACUUGUAGGUAUGUGGCUGAAGCAUAUGUUCAAGCAUUGCAAUUUGAUGAAGCUGAGAGGCUCUGCCAAAUGGCUCUUGACAUUCAUAGGGCAAAUGGUUCACCCCCUUCUCUUGAAGAGGCGGCUGAUAGGAGGCUCAUGGGCCUCAUAUGUGAAACAAAAGGAAACCAUGAAGCAGCUCUUGAGCAUCUAAUUUUAGCCAGCAUGGCAAUGGUAGCUAAUGGCCAGGAAGUGGAAGUGGCAUCUGUUGAUAGCAGCAUUGGUGACACAUACUUAUCUUUGUCUCGGUAUGAUGAAGCUAUUUUUGCUUAUCAGAAAGCACUCACAGUUUUUAAGACCAGCAAAGGAGAGAAUCAUCCAGCCGUGGGAUCAAUCUUUGUACGUCUGGCUGACUUGUAUAACAGGACAGGAAAGAUAAGGGAAUCAAAAUCUUACUGUGAGAGUGCACUUAGAAUUUACGAGAAACCCAUGCCUGGGGUCCCUCCUGAGGAGAUUGCAAGUGGUCUCAUGGAUAUUUCAGCUAUCUAUGAGUCGAUGAAUGAGCUUGAUCAGGCGCUCAAGUUACUUCCCAAGGCUUUGGAGAUAUAUAACGAUGCCCCUGGUCGGCAAAGCACAGUAGCAGGAAUUGAAGCUCAGAUGGGAGUCAUGCACUACAUGUUAGGAAACUAUUCUGAAUCUUACAAUACUUUGAAGAAUGCCAUCUCGAAGCUCCGUGCUACUGGAGAGAAGAAAUCAGCUUUCUUUGCUGUUGCUCUUAAUCAAAUGGGACUUGCUUGUGUGCAGCGCUAUGCAUUGGGUGAGGCUACAGAACUGUUUGAAGAAGCAAAGAAGAUAUUUGAACAAGAGUAUGGACCCUAUCACCACGAAACACUUGGGGUAUACAGCAACCUUGCUGGCACCUAUGAUGCAAUAGGCAGGGUGGAUGAGGCAAUUCAAAUUCUGGAGCAUGUAGUUGGAAUGAGAGAGGAAAAACUUGGGACAGCGAACCCUGAUGUGGAUGAUGAGAAAAGAAGGCUGAGUGAACUGUUGAAGGAAGCUGGUAGAGUCAGGAGCAGAACAGCCAGAUCACUUGAGACCCUUCUUGAUUCCAAUGCUCCUUCAGAAAACAGUAACAUAGUCAGCACCGUUGCACAAGGGGAGGCUAUCUAGGACUCGUGAAAGAAAUUUUUAUUCAUUCUAUAAUAAACCAAAGAUCAGGUUGUGACAGCAUUAAGUUAUGGGGAAAAUCAAAUGUCUGAAAUAUCAGUGAAAUAAUUGAUGCGUAAAUUUUAUGUAGUAUGUAGUAAUUGUGUAUAGUUAAGAUGUCAUUAUGGUAUACCGUAUACGGAAAUGCCUCGUGUUUGACACUUCUUAUUGCAUAAUGCAUCUCUCUUAAGUUACACUAAA